AUGGACCAGAACUCAGGCCAAGGCGACCUCAACUGGCGCCUCAGUGCGCAUCCAAUCACGCUACUUGUCUUCUUGGGCAUUCGCAUUGGUUGGUACCCCUUGUCGACAUCUAAAUCACCAUUGACUGAUUGUUUUCUAGGCGCACUUAUGAUGUACCUCUUUGGUCUCCUCUUCAUUGAUGACUUCGUCCUCGUGUUUAUCUUCACACUGCUCCUCCUCUCCGCGGAUUUCUACUACCUCAAGAACAUUGCCGGUCGCCGCUUAGUAGGACUACGCUGGUGGAAUGAGGUUGACACUGCCACCGGUGAUUCAAAAUGGGUGUUUGAAUCAUCCGAUCCAAAUGUCCGCACUGUGACAGCCACAGACAAGCGAUUCUUCUGGCUGAGCUUGUAUGUGACCCCAGCUCUCUGGGUGGGCCUGGCUAUCCUCGCUAUCGUGAGACUGGUCAGUGUGAUUUGGCUCAGUCUGAUUCUCAUCGCUCUCAUUUUGACCGUCACAAACACCAUGGCUUUCUCCCGCUGUGACAAAUUUGGACAGGCAUCCACAUUUGCCAACUCUGCAUUGGGCGGUGGUAUCGUCAACAACCUUGCUGGGGGUCUGCUGGGCAGAGUCUUCCGCUAA